AUGUGUAAACGCAAAAGGCAAAGGAGAAAUACUGCCAACAAGCUGCCUCAGAUCAUCAUCGCCCUCCGCGAGCGUGGUCUGCGGGAAGUGGAGUUGCUAGCGGGCUUGGCUGCUGGACCUGUGGCUGCUUGGGCCUAUCCCUACUUGAGGGAGAAUGCCGCAGAGCUCAUCAAUGGAGAUCAGACGCUUUGCUUGGAUUUCCUUGGUCUUUGUGGUGGGGUACCAGAAGCGAUGCAAGUCUUCUUCAGGAGCACUUUGGGCCUUCUUUUUAGUUUUCUUCUCGGCUACACCUCUUCCUUUCUACUGGUACGUCAGGAGAAGUUCUACGAAGCGAUGUAUGAGGAGUCGGCAAUCCUCACUCAGCUGCUUGAGGAGGCGCCACUGCUCUUGGCUUCGAAAGAGCUUUUACUUUUAAUGAAAAAUGCACGACUUUACCUCGCUUCUAGCACCUGGCGGAAUGCGAGCUUUAUCCCAUCAGAACUCGUUGCCAGGACUUUGCGCUCAGACAAGGACCCAAUCGAAGAGAUCACCCGACUCCUCAUUCAGAUUCAGACCCCUGGUAGUGAGCGGCUCCUGACCAUCAUCACGGCCAUACGCAUGGCUCGAUCAAGGAAAUAUUCCUCUAUGCAACGAAUCAUCCCUACGACACAAUUCGGGCUGCUGGUGGUUCUUGCAGUGUUGAUCACACUCACGCCUUUUCUUGAUGGCAAGAGUGAUACAUCAUUCUUGGCACAAUGCUUGUACGGAAUCCUGGUGGAGGUUCUCAUUUUCGUGAUCGUUUAUGUUGGUGGUGGACCAGGACUCGGCAUUUAUACAACAGACAAGGAGCGUUCGACCAUCCUGAAGGCUCUGAUGGAGUUGAUUGAUAAGACCGAAGCCGAAACAAGGUCUUCAAAAGCCCAUGGAGGCAAGAAAGCAAGACGAAACUUGAAAACAAACACUGAAGAAAAGACCGAGCAGUUCGCUUUGUAG